CUCCUCCCUUGUCCCCGGCGUCCGGAGCUCGAGAGAGAGAGGAUGAGGCGGCGAGCGGAGAGCUGGGGCUGAAGCGCGGUUGCUGGGUGACCGACCCAGUCGGAGCCGGGACCGGCAUCAUGGCCGAAUCCACUUCUCCACUGAAGCACUUUGUGCUGGCGAAGAAGGCAAUUACUUCUAUCUUUGAUCAGUUACUGGAGUUUGUCACUGAAGGAUCACAUUUUGUUGAAGGAACUUACAAGAAUCCAGAACUUGAUCGAAUAGCUACUGAAGAUGAUCUAUAUGAAAUACUGGGGUAUAAAAACAAGCUUUCCAUCAUAGGUGAGGUUCUGUCUCGGAGACACAUGAAAGUGGCAUUUUUUGGCAGGACUAGCAGUGGAAAGAGCUCUGUUAUCAAUGCAAUGUUAUGGGAUAGAGUCCUCCCUAGUGGGAUUGGCCAUACAACAAAUUGUUUCCUGAGUGUUGAAGGAACUGAUGGAGAUAAAGCCUAUCUAAUGACAGAAGGAUCAGAUGAAAAGAAGAGUGUGAAGACAGUUAAUCAGUUGGCCCAUGCCCUUCAUAUGGACAAAGACUUGAAAGCUGGCUGUCUUGUACAUGUGUUUUGGCCAAAGGCAAAAUGCGCCCUCUUGAGAGAUGAUCUGGUUUUAGUAGACAGCCCAGGAACUGAUGUCACUACAGAACUGGAUAGCUGGAUUGACAAGUUUUGCUUAGAUGCUGAUGUCUUUGUUUUGGUUGCAAACUCUGAAUCCACAUUAAUGAACACGGAAAAACAGUUUUUUCACAAGGUAAAUGAGCGACUUUCCAAACCAAAUAUUUUCAUUCUGAAUAAUCGUUGGGAUGCCUCUGCAUCAGAGCCAGAGUAUAUGGAAGACGUACGUAGGCAGCAUAUGGAAAGAUGUUUGCAUUUCUUGGUAGAGGAGCUCAAAGUAGUGGAUCCUUUAGAAGCUCGAAAUCGGAUCUUCUUUGUUUCAGCAAAGGAAGUUCUCAAUGCUAGGAAGCACAAAGCACAAGGAAUGCCAGAAGGUGGUGGGGCACUUGCUGAUGGAUUUCAGGCACGAUUACAAGAGUUUCAGAAUUUUGAACAAAUCUUUGAGGAGUGUAUCUCGCAGUCAGCAGUGAAAACAAAGUUUGAACAGCACACUAUCAGAGCUAAACAGAUUCUAGAUACAGUGAAAAACAUAAUGGAUUCAAUAAACGUGACAGCAGCAGAGAAAAGGGUUUAUUCAAUAGAAGAGAGAGAAGACCAGAUUGAUAGACUGGAAUUUAUCCAAAACCAGAUGAACAUUUUAACACUGGAAGUUAAGAAGAAGAUCAAGGAAGUCACAGAGGAAGUGGCAAACAAGGUUUCAUGUGCAAUGACAGAUGAAAUUUGUCGACUCUCUGUUUUGGUUGAUGAAUUUUGUUCUGAGUUUCAUCCUACUCCAAGUGUAUUGAAAGUAUAUAAAAAUGAGUUAAAUAAGCACAUAGAAGAUGGUAUGGGAAAAAAUUUGGCUGACCGGUGUACCAGUGAAGUUAAUGCUUCAAUGCUUCAGUCCCAGCAAGAAAUUAUUGAAAAUUUGAAACCAUUACUUCCAGCUAAUAUACAGAAUAAACUACAUACAUUGAUCCCUUGCAAGAAAUUUGAUCUCAGCUAUGAUCUAAAUUGCCACAUGUUGUGUUCAGACUUUCAAGAGGAUAUUGUAUUUCGCUUUUCCCUGGGCUGGUCUUCCCUUGUUUAUCGUUUCUUGGGCCCUACCAAUGCUCAGAGGGUGCUUCUAGGAUUAUCAGAGCCUAUCUUUCAGCUCCCUAGAUCAUUAGCUUCGACUCCCACUGCUCCUGCCAAUUCAGCAAUACCAGAUAAUACAUCACAAGAAGACCUCAUGAUUACCUUGAUAACAGGAUUGGCUUCUCUUACAUCUAGAACUUCUAUGGGCAUCAUCGUUGUUGGAGGAGUGGUUUGGAAAACUGUAGGCUGGAAACUCAUAUCUGUUUCAUUAAGUAUGUAUGGAGCUUUGUAUCUUUAUGAAAGGCUGACCUGGACCACACGUGCCAAAGAGAGAGCCUUUAAGCAACAAUUUGUCAACUAUGCAACUGAAAAACUGCAGAUGAUUGUUAGUUUCACAAGUGCGAACUGCAGCCAUCAAGUACAACAGGAAAUGGCAACUACUUUUGCUCGCCUGUGCCAACAAGUAGAUAUUACACAAAGACAUCUGGAAGAAGAAAUUGCUAGAUUAUCCAAAGAAAUAGACCAGUUGGAGAAAAUACAAAACAAUUCAAAACUCUUAAGAAAUAAAGCCGUUCAACUUGAAAAUCAAUUGGAGAAUUUUACUAAACAGUUUCUACGUUCAAGUAGUGAAGGAGCAUCUUAAUAAGAAAUUGCUUUUGGUGAUCAUCAUUGGAGAAAACGUGGAAGAUUGGAGUAGUUGUUAUUUUUAUGAAAUGACUUUAAAUAUGAAUUACACUAUACUUAAGUUGCAAGUCUUUGUGUAGAUUCUGGUAAUGAUCUGUAUCUCAGGGUGUUUGGUUUCUGAAGAGUGUCAUGAUGUCUCUAGUUUUAAUUUGGGGUACUGUAAAGGCUGGUUGUUUAGUGUAUUAAAAUGAAUUAGUCAAAAGCAACAGAACUAUGUGACCCCUGAGGGGUGGGGCCUUGCUCUGAAAUAGGGCUCUCUUUAAUUUUUGAUUCUGAAAAACUCUGCUUCCUGGUAUCCAGGAGUUAGAGGAUAUUCUUUUCAUCUUCAAAACUAAUUUUUGAUGCCUACUUAAUGGGAAGUCACUUCAUUGUUUUAUAUGCUACAUUGAUUUAACCACAGAGGCAGGCGUAAGAAUGUUCUUUGAGUGUAUUAUUUAUGCAAAGUACAUUCACUUUUGCCAUUUUGGCGGGUAUGUAAACCACUAAUGUGCUGUUUUUAAUGCUCAUUAAAAUUGAUGUAAAACAGAAAUGUUCAUUACUAUAGUCUGAGAGUAUGUAGGUCUGGAUUUCUUUAUCUGGUUCUAAACAUAUAAUUAGCUUUGCUUUGAUACAGUUCCAGUAAGGAAAAACUUUCUCGGUCUUAGAAUAAGAUUGGAAGUGGGGGCCGGAGAGAUAGCAUGGAGGUAAGGCGUUUGCCUUGCGUGCAGAAGGACAGUGGUUUAAAUCCCGGCAUCCCAUAUGGUCCCUGGAGCC